AAUCAAACAAAUAUAUCAUCAACAACAAAUAUAGCCGUGUAAUACGGAAUGCACGACGAGCUGUCAUUUCAUAUCAUCUGGCGAUAAGGCCAAAGACGUGAAUAUGAAUUACGUCUAAGCUUAAAAAGACAAAAUGGCCGUGGUUCGUGGUGUAGCACGUCCUUCCUCUGGACCACUUCGCCCCACACUCGCAUUUUCCACAGUUCCACAACUCCCGCUCGGUGCAAGUUUGUCGAGUACCCAUCCGACGGUGCUUUAGAAAUAGAUGGAAAUGGUACUUAGGAGCUACGAUGUGCGUGAUUAAUAUUUAUUCGUUCGUUUAAACGUUAUAAUAACAAUUUUGAGAUACGAUUGACGACCAUCCAGGUCCAAAAGUGUGAAAAUAACCUUUGAGUCGAGCACCAAAACUUUGAAAUCGAGCCUUGGCUGUUUACCAACAGAUGGCGGCAGUGAGUGAAUAGUGUUCCAAGGGAAGGCUGUAUGUGUUUGCUCCUCGAUUAUCGUUGUUUAAUAUGCUCGUAGUGUAAGGGAAACCAUCGUACAGUGAUAUGUGACGAGGAAUUGCCCCGUGGUGUUAUCAUGAACGACGAGAAGGAAGAAGAAAGUGUGAAAUUAGGCGGAAUUUGACAAAGGCCAACGUUAGUAAGCCUAACAACAACAGCAGCAGCGGUGGGGACCUCUUGGUUCAAUGAGUGUACACCAACACAAACUUGUAUUGGUGUCCGGACGAUGGUUUCUCCCUCUAAAAAGAAGAGGCAGAUAAAGGGAAGAGUGACGCCAGCCUUCAAAAGUGAUCGCAAAGGUGACAAGGCUAUCAGCAAACUUCCUUACAAGCCUUUGUUUAACAAACGAUUCUAUCUUGAUUUGAAGGGUUACAGAGGCACAGCCAACAUAACUGCUGAUAUACAGAUUCUAGGAGGGAUUGUUGAAGAGUUCCUGAGUCGAGAGGUGAAUUAUGUGAUCACCACAAGGGGAAGCCAGACGACAGGGGGAUCCAGCAGUGAACUGCAACCAUCACCUAGCACAGUUCAUGCAGCUUCUCCUCACACUCCACAGCAACCCUUGUCUUCGUUACCCUCGACUUCACAUGAUUCACCCCUCAAUAUAGACUCUCCGAGAGAGGAGAGUGGAAAAAAACGUGUGCGAACGCGAGCAGAAGUUUUGCUGGAACGUGCUUGCGUCAGACGACAAGGCACUUGUGAUGUUCUUGAAAAUGCCAGGCUAUGGAAUGUUCCAGUGUGGCCGCUAGCCAAGCUCCUGAAGUGGAUAGCGCUGCUGAAAGAGGACGGGCGAUACAGACCCCCACAAAAGUCAAGUGCCAUAAACCAUAAACACUCGUCUUCCUCGCCUAAAGUCCAGCGUCUCAAAACUCCAUUUAUCAAAACAGAAUCUUUCAGCAGACAGUACAAACCACUUUUUAAAGAGCUGACUGUGUGGCCAGAACUUAAAUUGUCUAAUCCACCUGGAAUCUCACCAUUCGCUGAUCCAAAGCAAAGUAAAUCACAGAAGACUGUGAAGGCAUCGUCUUUUCAGAAAGACGAUUUUAAGGAAAGGCAAAAAGCGAAAGAAAGGAACGCUGGACGGAACAAAGACAGUGGUUACUGUGAGCUGUGUACUACCAACUAUACAAAACUUAAACUCCACCUUCAGUCAGAGACGCACUUGGCGUUUGUAAGAAACGACAAAAACUACCUAAAACUGGAUGAGCUUAUCGAUGUUUAUACACAAGGUGCUCAAAUGCCAAAAACAAAAUGUACGUUUGAAGCACAAAAUACACCGUGGGCAGCCGAGAAGGACAGCCGCCAACCCUCCUUAACAUCACGCAGAACGACCAACCACAAACUGGCAAAUGACAAAAAGCUACCUGAGAAAGAUAAUUCCUACAUCCCAAUGAGGUAUAGUGGAUUGAUGCAAGCAGAGAGACGCCCUUCCAGUUUAAGCAGUGUAACCAAUAAACGGCUUCGUAAGCAAAUUGUCUUUGAGAUUGGUGAGACUAUACAUUCUGGUCCAACACAUUUAGUGCAGAAAGAUAUCAAGAAUGAGAGAGUAGGACCUGCUAGUAAUUGUGUCUUCCCUGGUGACACUCGGGAAAGUGCGUGUGCCCUUCCUGAAAGCAAUUGCCCAGCAGACAUUCCCUCCACACACUGCUCCUCCUCUCAGUUAUCGACAUCAGUGUACCGUAAAGGCUCAGUUCCUCGCAAGCAGUCAUCUCUGAGUGCUGUGGCUUUGCCUCGUGUGUCACAGUCUCAAUGUAAAGUUAGAGACACCGUUGAGCCUAAAGCACCUCUGCUCACAGUACACGUACCUGAAGCUGUUGUGCCCAAAGCUACAGUAAUUAUUCGUGAUGCUCUGGCUGUUCCUCGGGUUUCAGUAAGUGAAGCUGCCUUACCGGAAGUAACUUUGGUUGAGGCUGCUUUACCCGAUGUUCCUGUAACCAAAGCUGUCACUUCAAAAGCAGCCUCUCUUAAUGUAACCACAAAAGUCAAGCAAGAAAAAGAAACACCAUGUGCUCUUGAGUCUGUUGUUGUUAAACAAGAACUGCCUGAUUUUGUGGAAUCAAUAAUAGGGGAUCAUUCACCAGAUGUGUGUCUGUCUCCUAUUGAUCCAAUUCCAGUGAAAAAGGAAAACAUAGAAAUGGUUAGACUUAUUCAAGAAGUAGACAGUAGAAUUGACUCCUUUUGUCACAAGAGGAGUAGUCGAACCUCCAAACGAUUUGGUAGUUCAGAAAUUGAAGAACUAGAAAUCAAAACUGAACCGAUGUCUAGAGCUAAGAGGUGUACUAGAACUCGCAAAAGUAGUUGUCGUUCGGAUAAAUCAGAGUCUGAAACUUCAGAUUCACGCAGUGUACUUGAAGACCCCUUGUGUCUUGACAUGGUUGAUAAGACAGCCAAGCGUGGUAAGCCUAAGAACGGAGAACCAAUUUUAGAGGAAGCAGCAACUCUUGCAAAUAAGUACAAUGGUGAUGUGAGUGUGGAUUUGGUAAAUGGAGCUCAUAAGGUCAAAGGGCGAAGAGUUAGUCGUGCUAAUAGUGAUGAAUCUGAUCUGAGUUCAUGUUCUAAAACUAAUGGUAAUGUAGAUCAUAAUAAUGAUAAAAUUGACUUUAGUCUCCUCCUAGAAAUAUCAGAAGCAGACAGAUUAAAGUUUGAAACUAAGAAGGCAAAAAUUAGAAGAAAAACAGCUGAUUGGUUAUUAAUAUCAGAAACAGAGCAGUAUUAUAAUGAAAAGGAAGAAAUAAUGAGAAAUAAGAAUAAACCAGAUUCUGAGAGUGAUAGUGAGGAAAGCGAUAGUGAUUCAAAGAGUGACUGUUCUGAUGAAAAUGAAAACGAAGAUACAAAUCCGCCCAGGGGAAGGGGAAAGGGUAAGAGAAAACAGUCUGGCUGUGCAGGUGAUGAUGAUCCCAAAGUUAGUGCAAAAAGAAUAAAAGAAGAUUUAGAUUCUAGUAAUGUUAGAGGGCGGCCUAUUGGGAGUAGAACUCGAAAGACGCGUUACGACUUAACAAUGUUGAAUGAUGAUGAAGAUGAUGAUGAUGAAAACUUCUUUGGUUUCCCUGUUAGUACAACAAUUCCACCUACAACUGACAGUUGUUCUUUAUCCAGUAGUUCUCUUUGUCAAUUAAGAAACAAAGGGAAAUUAACAAACAAGACCCUUGCUGAAUCAUCGUCAUCAUCUAGCGGAAAGGCAGGAAAGAAACGUCUCUCGGAUGCAGAGAGGUUUCUUAGAGAUAAUAGAGAGUAUUAUCAUUUUCAAGAAACCAAGGAAAGAUUGAGGAGAUCAACAUCAUCCUCAUCUGGAGACAAGGAAAAAGUUGGCAAUGGUGAGGACGCAAGUUGCCAUACAGAAAAGCGUCCAGAAAAGAAGGAAGAAUCAAAAGUGAAAGAGAACAGUGUGGUGUCAAGAAAACGCCCGUCACUUGACAUGGCUAGGAGAGUGACUCGAAGAACUGGUGGAAGUUUAGAUUUGGAGUGUGAAGUGGACAAGGACUCAAAAGAUAAAGGGGAUAUGAAGGGGGAAAAGAAAAUUAGUAUAAAAGAGGAAAAAGACAUCAAAAUUGAGGUGAAAAAUACUACCAGAAGUGAUAGAAGAGAUGGCUUCAGGCUUGAAAGGAGGGUUGAAGUAAAAGCUGAAAGAAUUGAUGACCCAAGGAAAGAUGGAACAAAGUGCGAAAAGAAAAAUGAAGGGAAAAGUGAAAAAAAUGAUGCAUGUGAUAAAAAGGAAACAAAAGAGGAGAAAUUGAAGGAGGACAAAGAAAAAUUGAAGGAUGAAAAAGAAAGUAAGAAAUGCAAAGAGGUGACUAAUGAGAAAGGUGUGAAAGAGGAUCAAAAAGAAAAAGUAGACGACAAAAAGGAAAAAAUACUUGAUAAGAAAGAAAAAGAGGAUGACAAAAAGGAAAAGGUAGAAGAUAAAAAAGAAAAAGCAGUUGAUAAAAAAGAAAAAGUGGAAGACAAAAAAGAAAAAAUAAUAGACAAAAAAGAAAAAGUGGAAGACAAAAAGGAGAAGGUUGAGGACAAAAAAGAAAAAGUGGAAGACAAAAAAGAAAAAGUGGAAGACAAAAAAGAAAAAGAAAAAAUAGAAGAUAAAAAAGAAAAGGUUGAAGAAAAAAAGGAAAAAGUAGAGGAUAAAAAAGAAAAGGUGGAAGACAAAAAGGAGAAAGUGGAAGACAAGAAGGAAAAAGAGGACAAAGUGAUAAGAGACGAGAAGAAAGAGAAGGAAACCACAGAAGAGAGAAAGGGGAAGGAAGUGAACAGAAGAAGAGAUUUGAAGGAUGAAAAGAAAAACGGAUUAAAGGAUAAAGAAAUUGGUGAAUUACUGGACCAGAAAUUGAGUGAGAAAAAUGAAGCUACUCAGAUACUGAGGAGUGGCAAAGGGGAUGAUGGGAAGUCCAUUAUAAUAAAAACUGAAAAAGACAGUAUAAAAACUAGUGAAAUUAGUGAUAGCUCUGAAUCCAGUUUAAAUAAUAAAGUGAAAAGUGAUGACUUAGAAAGUAGAGAGAAAUUAGAAGUUAGGGGAAAGGUUACUAAUGCAGGGUAUGGUAGUACUUUAGAUGAGCUCUAUUUUUCUUUUGAAGGUGUACCUGAGAAUGAGUGUUGGUAUCAGACUUAUCAGAGGUUUAUUGAUGGUAUAGCUGUGAAUGAGUUUGUUUAUGAUGAAGAUCCUUUAAAGUUUAUAUUACCUUACGAAAUGCCAAAGGAAUAUAUACGAGACUUUAUUAGCCUUAAAAAAGGGUUGUUUUCAAAGAAAAAGAAUGAUCUCGCAGACCUCGUGAGAAAAUCUCCGCGAUGUCAUGCCUCUACCCUUGCGCUCUUCUCGGACAUUCUUCCUCCAAGAAAAAGCAAGGGGUCAAGAACCUUGAAGUCUGUUCCCUUGAAGGUCGAAGAGAUUUCUUCGGAUGGUACGAGUACCCCGGGUGCAGAUUCAAUAAGGUUGCAACCUCACGAGUGCUUCGAGUCUGUUGAAGAGUUGGCUAUCCUUGCAUUGCAUGUGGAUCAUGUCAUAAAGACUGAGUUGGAAGAGGGGGAAGAGACUUCCAUGUGUAUUCCAGUGCUUAAAGACAUUAAAGAUGCUGAGGAAACGGACCUACGAAAGACCCCGCCUAAAAAGCGGGGGAAAAAGAGGAGGUUAUUAGCCAGUUCAAAGUCUAGUAAAGGUGUAGAAAAUAUUGUGAAAGAACUGAAACUAUUUGAGAGUCCAUUUGCUCAUGAGGUAGACCCAGCUUUUAUUGCUGGGUUAAGUGAUGAUGUUAGAGACUUAGCCCCAGAAAACAUUUUAUCUCGGGCAGCAGUGGAAGUAAUAGAGGACUCCAACCAGUGUUUGUGUAACGAUCGUGCCUCUUGUGAGGACUUCUCUAGUGCAGAUGAAAAUACUGAGGCUAGUUCAGAAUGUGUAUCCUUGUGUGAUUCAGAAACUAUUGAUAGUUCUACUGCAAGUGAACCUAAACCAGUGCGUAGUAAUAAGAAACGAAGAAAGAAUUUGACUGGUUGGCCAAAAGCACAAAAAAAGAAAAAAUCUGUUGCCUCUCAUACUUCUGAUGAUAAUGAUAGUGCGUUUGGGUGUGAUGAUAGCGAACCAAAGAGACGAGGGUGUAGAAUAAAACAGGACUUCUGUUUCCUAGAACAAACUACAGCUCAGAAACUUGCUGCCUUGGCUGCUAAUGAUCGAAGAGCCUCCCCUCGAAAGAAGGCUUCAGUGUUGUAUAUGGACACUUGGCCUGUUAGAUUUCGAACACAAAAAUAAUGUUUAAUUUACUGGUGAAAGUGCGUCGAGUGGUUUGCGUGUUGAAAUGAAAGUGUUUAUAUAUAUUUAUUUUGAAAAGAUAUGGUAUGCUUGAUAAUUCUUUUUGAUAAAAGGUCAAACCAAGGAGUCUCAGGACAGCUCUUCUUUAGAAGAAUGACAAAAGUAUUGUACAAUAUAUGUACAGCUUUUCAUUCUAUAUAUGCAGGUUAAUGUAAGAAUUAUUGAAAAAAUUUAUAAAACAUACAGUAUAUUUUCAAAGUGCAUUUUUUAAUCUAUCAUUUCCUUAUGCAAAGUCUUAUGUAGUGAAUUUAUUAUUCUAAUUUAUUAUGAUUGUAAAAGCAGCGUCUGUUUGUACUUUGUUCUUCUCUACAGUUUAUAAAUUAUUGAGUAGAUGGUAUCAUCAGUCUGUUAGAAAUGCGUCAAGUUUUCGUCUAAAAUUAUUUUACUUAACGGUUCCCAAUUUAGGUCCAAAAUAAUUUUUUACUUGAAAAAUUUUGUAUGUUUGUCUAUAGCUUGGGAUGAUUGUGUAUUUUAGUGAGGAAAUCUCACUAAACUUGUAGAUUUAAUAUUGUAUCAAAGUUUUAUUUAAUUUUUCAUAUGACAGACAGCAUUUUUUCUAAUGUCUGUUUUGUAGAGUGAUCCUGUAACGUAUGAAAAUAUACAUUUUGUAAAUAAAUCUUCUACUCAGAGUAAUGGCCAAUGAUUCAUAAAUGUGAAAUAAAGAAAUGUUUGUAUACAAAAUGUUGAUUCUCCUCAGCCAUAGGAAAUGUUACAC